AUCGCUUGGUCGUGGUCGUGGCUUCGUCCAAGCCGUAGAGCACGGCACUCCGGAACCAAAGACGCUAAGGAUCCGCGCUAGCGACGCACGGUCCUGCAGGUCUAGCUAACGCCUCCUCCGCCGUGUACAGCUCAGCCGAUGCUACCUGGGAGUGUGUGAGAAGCUUGCAGGAGCUAGAUCUUACAUCCAAAAAUGGAGCUCGUGUUCCAAGAGCCAAAAGUCCAGAAGGAAGCGUCAUGCAAGAUCCAAAUAUUGGAGCUCAGCCGAGAGCUGUCAAACUUGUCCCGUGCCCAUGUUUGUCGUCUUUCGUUCCCACGACAUAAAUUCUUGCAAAGACAAUGUCAUCAACACCUCUGAUGAAAAGCGAGGGACGGCCUUCAGACGAUGAUUACAGCGACUCUGGCCAGAUUCCGCUAAAUCAUCGAAGAAAACAAUUACUGCGAAAAGAGAACAUCGGAUGGGCUUGUCUUUUCGCAGUUCUUCUGGCAGUGACAAUCGGUCUGUCAGCGGGAGUCGCAGUGGUGGUUGUUCUGAGCUGGCAAAAUAGAGGGCCUGCAUUCUCCCAAAGUUUCGCACCUUCGCCGAUUACCAGAGAUGUGGAUAUCACAUUUCACGAAACUCGGUUCGAUGGAAAUUUCAUGGAGGAGAACAUCUAUCGCAAAAAGGGCAACAACGAGACUGACGCAGCCUGGGCUGCGCUGGGCAUUGAUUACCGAGGAAUUCGUGUUCCGGCAGAUAUCGCUUCUUCCGUUGGGCUGAGACCAGAACAAGUCCAAAUCAAAGAAAAGUACGGUGGCGGCUAUCCUGCAAAUGUCGAAGGCUUGCAUCAGCUCCAUUGUCUGAACCUGGUCCGCAAGUCGUUGUAUUACAACAUCGACUAUUAUCGAGCGAAAGGAGAGGGCGCAUUCGUCAACAGUGAGCCUAUAGUGCAACUGCACGUCUCACACUGUCUCGAUAUCAUUCGCCAGCAGCUGAUGUGCCAGAUUGAUAUCGGAGUGCUCGGACAGGUCUGGUGGCAGCCAAAAGACCAGGAGGAGCCCGAGGCAUUUGUGGACUUCAACACAAAACAUGUCUGCAAGAACUUCGAUGCCAUACGGCAAUGGGCGGAGGAGCGGCAGCUCCCAAUGGAGGUUCCAGAUGAUUUUCUCCAAAGCCCAAGGCCAGGAGACAAGAUCCUGGACCAUGUUCCAUGAAGACGCUUCCGUCGUGUCUAUAGACUGUGCAGCGUUCUAGCGUAGCCAAUAAUAAGUUUCGAUCUCGCUGCGGUCCAAGACAUCCUCUCAGCUCAACCUUCAGCUCGACGAUUGUGAGAGUGUAGCAAGCGC